UUAUCAGGACAGGGGGGCGGGAGCUGGAGAGGCCGUGGGAGAAAAAUGAUCUCCGAAGGACGGCGCUUGGGUUAAUGAUCCGUCGCUAAUUUCGGCUCCAGAAUGAGAUUGGAGGCGGCCGUGAAGGGGUUAAGUGAGGGAGAAGGACGCUGGACUGGCUGAAGUGACACCAGCUCCCCCGCUCUGACAGGACUGCCGCACACUUUUCUAACAGGACAUUAUGCAAAUGUAGGCAAAUGAGGAGGCAAUGCUAAUUAGUAAUCAGCAGGUUCUUUUUAAAAUGUGAUGGAGGGGCGGGAGCCCUCGACCAGACCCAGCCGCACCACACCUGCCAGCCCGAGGGUGACUCCUGCACUGGUGAAACGGCCUCGCUUUCAGACUCUGGCGCGUUUUUGGGAGGGUCAAGAUGUUUUAGCUCGUUGGACAGAUGGACUCCUGUAUCUAGGCAUCAUCAAAAAGGUUCACGAGCAGGUGGACAGCGCACAAGAGACGUGUUUGGUUCGCUUUGAAGAUAAUUCCCAGUUCUCCGUGCUCUGGAAGGACAUCUUCCCCCCUGCUGUGCCCGGAAAGGAGCAGCUGUGCUGUGUGUGCAACUCGCAGGCGUGUACCCCCGACAAUAAGCUGGUGCAUUGUGGGAAGUGUAAGCACGCUUAUCAUCAGGAAUGUCAUGUACCCGGCGUGCCAUGCGAUAUAGAUAGUGCAGGGAGCUCCUGGAUGUGUAGACAAUGCGUCUUUGCGGUGGCUACCAAGAGAGGUGGCGCGCUCAAGAAGGGCCCCUUCGCUCGCUCCAUGCUGCAGAUGAAGCUGUCUUUGCCCUAUCAAUUAAAGUCUUUAGAGUGGGACCCACUGCACCUAACCAAUAAACAGCAGUGUUACUGCUACUGCGGGGGGCCUGGAGAAUGGAACAUGAAGAUGCUUCAGUGCUGUCGCUGCCUCCAGUGGUUUCAUGAAGCUUGUACACAGUGUCUGAGCAAACCUCUUUUAUACGGAGACAGGUUUUAUGUUUUUGAGUGCUCGGUCUGUACAAGAGGUCCAGAAAACGCCUGGAGACUUCCUCUGGGAUGGGUGGAUGUGUCGCACCUCGUCCUCUAUCACCUCAGUAUUUGUUGUAAGAAGAAGUAUUUCGAUUUUGAACGGGAAAUCUUGUCUUUUGUGAAUGAGAACUGGGAGAGUCUACUACUGGGAGAACUUACAGAUACCCCUCGUUCGGACAGGUACUCCCAUCUGCUCCACGCCUUGACAGCAGAGAAAGAAAGGUUUAUCUCUGGGAAGGAGAUUAAGAAGAAGAAGUGUCUGUUUGGACUCCAGAGCCGCGUCCCCCCUCCCGCCCCACAGACGACACUGACUGAGCUGAGGCUACAGGAUACAGACGUGAGAGGCUCCACUCCGUGUGUAAGUUCCCUUUUAGGGAGGAUGGGGGUCCUGAGAAGCCCUCCACACAAAACAAAGACACCAAGCAUAGAGAAGCGGACGCGGAAGGAGAGGCAGAAGCUGCAGAGAGCUGUUACCCAGGAUACGGUACAGAAUCCUUUUAGUUGUAACCAGGAGUACUUGGGAUACUGCGGUAGCCCCUACAACUUCCGACGCACUGGGGCGCGCUGCCUGCAGAGCCCUCCAAUUAGGAUGUUUGCCUCUUUCCACCCAUCAGCAAACACUUCUGGGACUGUGGCUGCUUCUCUUCAGUCCAGUGAGGUGUCCCCUGCAGUCUCAGAAGUGCCCCCUCUGCUCCCAGAGGCGGUGGACCGAUCAAUCCCUGCUCCAGAACCUUCCUCUCCUCCCGCACCUCCAUCCUCAUCUUCCUCAGAGGGCUGUGAGUGGUCAGAGUCACCAGAAGAGGGGACGAGGGUGCUGGCCCGGAGGGUCACCCCGGCGGGGUCGAUUGAAUAUUUAGUGGAAAGGGAAGAAGGAGAGAUCUUCUGAUUAUUCUACAGAGAUCCUGCGCUCAACUCUACCAUGUGCUACCUGCGAAGAUCCCAUGAUCUUAUUGUACAUACAAGGCUAAUCCUGAACUCUCUGUACACGCGUGUACAUAGCGCUGCUUGUGAUUCUCGUCCCGUCAUGUGUUUAUACAGCUCAACGAGGCUGCAUCGCAUCACACAUGGACAGAUUGAUGACAUGAAGGAAAUCCGAGUUUGUUUUCUUUUUGUAUCUCCUAAUUUACUAUGUGGGAUUGAAGGUCCGAUGUUCUGUCCGUUCUAGGCUAAGGUAUAAGAUGGUGUCUGUUGAAUAAUUGCACAGGUUCUCGUCUAUUAGAAUCUUCAUGAGAAAUCACAUCCAUGUCUGUCCAGGAUUAUUAAAAAAGUGACACAAGU